AUGGCAACGCACACUAGAAUUCGCAAGUCAAGAGGCGCGUACCGCGGACAAAUCUCGAAGUCCAUCACGAAAGCCGAAACGAUCACCAGUAUAGAAUUAACAGAAGACCAUCUAGAUCAACUCACAGCAGUCGAACAACAUAUAACUAAGGCAUUCGAGCAAGUUAGGAAGUUAGAUGCUGAGCUGCUUGAAAUUACUAAGGACGACGACGUAGCAGAGGUAAUCGUAGAGGCUGACGACCAUAACGCUGAAGUUGAGGAAUACCUCCUGAAACUCAAAAGACAUAUUGAGAGACAAACACACAAAAAAAAGCCAACGCCCACUCCCGCAGUUGUACCACCGAAGGCGAAGACCGUCCGACUUCCUAAACUAAGCCUAGCGUCAUUCGAUGGGGAUUUACUCAAGUGGCAGAGCUUUUUUGACAGUUUCGCAGCAUCGGUGCAUAGUGACCCAGACUUAGACGGUUUCCAUAAAUUCCAGUACCUAAAGGCUCAGCUUACAGGAGAAGCAUCUCGUGUUAUUCAAGGACUAGCAUUAACUAAUGCAAACUAUGCACACGCCCUGGAACUAUUACGAAACCGUUACGGACAACCGCAUAAACUUUCUAGUGCAUACAUGAAAGCUUUAUGGGACCUCCCUAAGCCAAGUGGUGAAUUCACUGGAUUACGUCACUUCUAUGACACUCUUGAAAUUCUUAUUCGUGGAUUAGAUACCCUGGGAAAAUCAGAGAAUACCUACGGUGACCUGUUAGUACCUAUCGUCCUUGAGAAGCUUCCAGGAUCUAUUCGACAACAAUUGGCAAGAACCCACGGAAGUAGUGAUUGGAAGUUGAAAGACUUACGAACGAAUCUUUUGAAAGAAAUCGAAGCUAUUGAAGAAGGAAAUGUGACCAGUUACACAACUCCCAGUGCUAUCUCAUCUUCAACUGCAGCUUUCCAUACGGAUACUAAACCGUUUCAUAAGACAUGCGCAUUCUGUAAGGACGCUUCACAUAAUUCGGUGAAUUGCAAGACAGUAAUAGAUCAUGACAAACGUCAACAAAUCGUAAAGCGAGAUCGUCUUUGCUUUAACUGCCUUGGCAAUCACAAAAUAAAGGACUGUAAGUCGAAACGAACAUGUCGCCACUGUAGUCGGAAACAUCACACGUCCCUCUGUAGGUCAACCAAUAUGGGAUCCGAAACAUUAAUGACGCAAUCAACUACGUGUACGGAUAACGAAGUUAGAGCCUGUCGAAAUACGACGCAAGUUCACGCUAAGUCGGUGUCAGCAGGUGACGUCAAUGUUGACGGUUUGUCGAAGUCGGGAACAGUUUUACUGAAAACAGCCGUUGCUGAAAUCUCUUCUGGAUCAUAUACUUAUACAGCGACGAUACUUUUCGACGAAGGCGCAACACGAUCGUUUAUAACGAAGGAUUUCGCACGAAAGUUGGAUAUCACGCCGGAGGGAUCGCAGAAAAUUCAACUUGCUGCAUUCGGUGGCAAACCUUCUCAUGUCAAAUCCUACGAUAAGGUGUCAUUCGCAGUGCAUACGAUCACCGGUGGAAAGAUGGAUAUUUCAGCACUUGUAGUUCCGAAAAUUUCCGCUCCCAUCAAAAACUUCGUUAAUGCUUCACUCUUGGAUUUACCUCACCUACGGGAAUUACCUUUCGCUCAUCCAGUUUCCAAUGUGGAUUAG